GCGUUCCCUUUCAGAUCGAGCAUUUCCUCGUAGACGCUUUGCAAUAGUUUGCAAAGGACCUGCAUCUGCAAGGGAGCGUAAAAUUACGCGAGGGAAUGCAUCGUCAUUGUCUUUUUACGUUUUAGCCAUUUAGAGGCUCCAUGACAUUGUGUACUAAAGAGGGGGUCGUACAGGAGGUGGGUCAGCGCUUUAAAGCAGCCUGGGUUUUCAUUUGAAAGACGAAACGCAUCAGAUACAAACACCGUACAGAGCCACCGAACUUUCAGAGCUUCAGCUCUUUCGGUGUUUGUGCUUUAAAAGCGAGUUAAAUGCACUGAGACUCUUUCGGUUUCGAUUUCUUCCUCCUCGCUUCUUGUUGCUGCGCUGUCAGGACUUUUGUCCGCGUCGCUGGAAAUGAGCAUGACUCAGGACGCGCUUCUAGAAACUGAACUGCAGCAGCUGGAGUGUCACUUCACUUGGGAGCUGAAAAAAGAGGACACAAAUAUCACUGAUCUUCUAAACAGACUGGAGCAGCAUGACGAGUUGUAUCUUGGUGGGAAAGCAGGAGUUGCACAGACCAACAACUCUUUAGCAUUCGUGAAGUACCUCCUAGGGUUUCCUACAGAAGCUCUCAGCUGCUUACAGAAAUCUGAGGAGCUCACCAAAGAGCACCAUGAGAAUGACUGUGAUAAGUGGCUCAUAGUCACCUAUGGAAAUCUGGCCUGGCUACAGUACCACAUGAAAUCUUACGCUGAAUGUGAAAGCUACCUGGAGAAGCUCAGAGACAUUGCUAAGAGAUUCCCAAUGGAACCUGCUUCUGCUCUUCAUCAUGAAGUGCUUGGUGAAAAGGCCUGGGCCCUGUUUAAGUUCUCUCGAGAGAACUAUGAAAGAGCUAAAGAGUGCUUCAGGAUGGCCUUGGAGCUGGAGCCCAGGGACCCUCAGUGGAAUGCUGGUUAUGCAUUUGUGCUUCAUCGAACAGAACGUAGGUCUGGCUCCAGGCGAGAUGAUUCGCUAGCAGUUAAACAGCUUCGUAAGGCCAUUGACACAGAUCCAGACAAUGAUGAACUCAAAGCUCUCCUGGCACUGAGGCUUGCUGAGUUUGACUCUGAGUAUGAUGAAGCUGAAAAUUUGGUGGAAAAGGCUCUAGAGGGUUCUCCCAAUGCUCCUCAUGUUGUUCGAUAUGUGGGCAAAUUCUUCAGGGACUAUGGGUCUGUAGAUAGGUCCAUUGCUCUGCUGAAGAGAGCAUUAGAGCACUCACCCAACUCAGGCUUCAUACACCAUCAGCUGGCACUCUGCUACAAGAGUAAGAAAAUUUCUCUGCAAAAGAAGGAAAGCCGAGAUUCACCUAGUGCUGACGUUGAGAUUCAGAGGCUUCGGCGGCAGUGCAUCUACCAUUUAGAGAAGGCCACUACACUGAAGACUGACUUCAUUAUUGCUAUGAUACAGCUGGCUGUUCAGUAUGGAGAUGAUGACCAACUAGAUCGUGCAGAGCACCUGUUUCAGGAAACUCUGAUGAAAGCCAAAGAGAAAAACGAGAUCCUGCAACAACCGUAUUUUUAUUAUGGGGAGUUUCAGCAGUACAGAAAGAGGUUUCUGCCUCUAGCCAUCAGCUACUACAAGGAAUGUCUGAAAAUAGACCAUGAUUCGAUAGAUGGGAGGAAAAGUGUCAAAAAACUGACCAAGAUAGCUGAUAGAUAUUUAGCAAAAAACCCUCAGGAUGGAAGAGCCUGGGGAAUACUAGGAUUCAUCCAUAAGGAAAAAGGAGAGAAGAUUAGGGCCAUUGAAUGCUAUGAGAAAGCUCUGCAGUUUAAAAGCAGUGAUGAAUACCUCAGUGCGCUAUGUGAGCUGAGGCUGUCGUUGUAAAAGAAUUACAGAAAUAACUAACAGGAGGAAGACCAUGCCUGAAGCUCCUCCUCCUUACUGUAUUGUCCAGUAAUGUUCAAAUUCCAUCUAUGAUAUUCGUUUCCUUUAACUAAGUUUCUGAACCCUCUCUGUUUCCCAUACAGUCUGUGUUCUUUUGUCAAGUGGGGGCUGAUCUUCAGCUACAGUUGUGUGAUCUCUUCUUAGACUACAACCAAUAGUAUCCACUUUGAUACAGGAGUAAAACAGUAACAAUGGGCUACAAUGUUCUACUUCAUACCUUAAUGCAAACACAUGUAAAUGCUUUAUUUGUAUAUUGUCAUGUGGUUCCUUCCAUCUACCUAAAUAUUCAUUUCGGUGACAUACAACAGUGAGGAGGCUCACCUGAAGUGUAUGUAUGACCUUGUAAUUGAUUUGAAAAUUGUAUUUCAGUGGAAGAAGUGAUGAGGACAGCUAGAUUUAAUGUAAAUGUUCAGUAUGGCAAACAUAACCAUGAAAAUAAUUAGUUUAAACAUACAAAUCACUUAUCUGGCUGGUACAGCCAUACACAAAAGAUGGAAGACCUUUGGCCAAAUUACACUGAUUCCAUAUAACGUACUGAUUUUCUAAGUGAAAAUAGAUAAACAUCUUCUACGGGGAAUAAAUGUAAACAUUAAAUUUUUCUGCUGAUUUUAGUGCAUAAUUCUAUUUUAUGUUCUGUUUAGCUGAGUUUUACAUAAAGCAUAACUUUUGCACAAAGCACAUUUUAUGUUGAAUUUUUUUAAAUGUAAAAUUCAGCAAGUAUUGUUAUUUUAGCCAGAACUUUGUGCCUUGUAGAGGAUUUGUUAAUAUAUUGUUAGUUCAGAAAUCCAAAGGCACAUUUUUGCAUGCAACUGUAUAUUCAUAAAGUUUUUAAGCCUUUGUUCAACCUUUCCCAUUAACCUCAGCUGUGAACUUUAGGGGGACUUGCUGUUUUCGAGUAGAAUCACCUUUAAAUUGAUUUAGUUGUCUGUGAUGACUGGCAUACACGUCAUUACAGUGCUUUUUAUGUUCAUUUUUUAAAGCAUUGUAAGUGUUUACAAACAUGUUAACCAGUGAUGUCUUGAGGUGGGCUGUGCACUUUAUUUUAACAGAAAUAAAAGUCCAUUUAAGACGAA